UUCCCGCUACCAUUUAAGAUACACACUUCUCAGUUCUCUAAAUCUGUUAUGGCAAUGGCUUCAACUUUGUCUUGCUCAUCUUCACCCCUGGUAUCAAACAGGGCUACUCUUCCUUGUUCCACUAAACUUAUAAUGCCGUUCUCUGUAUCAUUUCCGUCCAAGAAUUCAGUCAAUCACGGGAUGUCUGUUGUAAGGGCACAGGCUACUGGUGAUCAUAACAAAGAUACGUCAGUGGACGUGCACGUUAACAAGGAUAAUAAAGGCCAAGGGACAGCCGUUGAGAAAAGGCCUAAACGGCUGGCUAUGGAUAUCUCUCCUUUUGGUAAGUAAUAUUAGCUUAGUCACAACUCAGUGCAAUUUAUUUUAUUCGGUAGUAUCAAUCGUAACAUGAUCCGGGGAAUGUUGGACACAAUGGACCGGUUGUUCGAGGAUAGCAUGGCGUUUCCUACCACCGGCCGAAGAAGAGGAGAGGUGCGUACCCCUUGGGACAUCAAAGACGAUGAACAUGAGAUCAAAAUGCGAUUCGAUAUGCUGGGGUUGGCGAAAGACGACGUUAAGGUCUCCGUGGAGGACGAUGUUCUGGUUAUAAAGGGAGAGCAGAAUAAGGAAGAGAGCCACGAUGAUUGGACUAACAGGAACUACAGCUCUUAUGAUACUCGUAUCCAAUUACCCGACAACUGCGAUAAGGAUAAAAUCAAGGCAGAGCUGAAGAAUGGAGUUCUCUUCAUCUCCAUUCCCAAGACCAAAGUUGAACGCAAAGUUAUUGAUGUAGAAAUUCAGGAAAAUGGCUAA